AUGCGACCAUACCUACCAGAAGAAUGUCGUCGCGAAGUCUUCAAUGCAUUGCACAACAUCAGUCACCCAGGUGUUAGAGCAACCAGAAAACUCAUCACUGGAAAAUUCUUUUGGCCUUCAAUACAAGUGGAUGUUGGCAACUGGGCGAAACAAUGCAUUCAAUGCCAAAAAUGCAAAUUACAAAGACAUUCAUCAAGCAGCCUAGCUUCAUUUCCACCUACGGAGAGAUUCGAACACCUGCACGUUGACAUCGUUGGACCAUUACCUACUUCACCGCAAGGACAUCGUUACAUCGUAACAAUGAUCGACAGAACAACAAGAUGGCCAGAAGCAAUACCUACCGAUGAUACUUCAGCUGAAUCCGUCGCGAAGAUAAUUUAUGAAAAUUGGAUUACUCGUUUCAGAUCACCGCAAACCAUCACAACGGAUCAAGGAAGAAACUUCGAAAGCAACCUAUUCCUCAAAGUUCUUCAAACUAUGGGAAUAAAGAAGAUACGUACAACGGCAUACCAUCCUCAAUCAAACGGAAUAGUCGAUCGAUGGCAUCGUACAUUGAAGACCGCACUCAAAACUCGUUUAUCUCAACAUGCAAAGUGGAUUUAUGAGCUACCUAUAGUGCUAUUUGGACUACGAGCAACACGCGCAGACACUAGUCUUAGCGCCGCUCAGCUAACCUACGGCUGCAGCAUAAGACUACCAUGUGACUUCUUCAUUUCAACAUCGUCAAAUGAUCAAGAAAUGAAUUACGAUUUUGUAACUCAACUUCGAGAAUCAAUCAGCAAAGUCUUAUCGUCGAAACACACAUCAUCACACGGAAAUAAUAAAUCAGUAUUCAUUCAUCUAGAUUUGAUAACAUGCAAGCAAGUUUUUGUAAGAAACGACGCAGUGAAGAAAUAA